AAUUUCCUUAUUAUUAUGUUUUUGAAGUUGUUGUUUCUUGUUAGAAACGCUUUUCGCCCUACUACAACUGCAGCGUGCAGGAACGACAGAGAGUUCUCUCUCUCUCUCUCUCUUAAACGCUAUUUUCUCGCGUUUUCUCUGACGAUUUUCUGUCCAUCCAAACACUCUCAAUCCCUUCGCAGCCGCUUGCGGUUCCUCUUCGGAUCGUCACAAGAGAAUCUCUUCGCCUUUCAACCGAUCUCUUCAUCGUCCUCUCUCUCUGGUGAUGGAAACGACUCUUUAGAUACAAUAAUCAGACAAGCAAUUGGAAAAGAGCCCUUACUUUCCUUUCCUAGGGCCGGUGACAGCCCAGUCCAGUGGAUUCAAUUACUUCAUGCAUUAGAUCAGCAAGAACUUCCAGGGUGGCCUUUGCUCUCUCCUGUGAAGGUUCAGUUGCAAAAGUGCAACAAGUGUUCUCGAGAAUUUUGCUCUACCAUUAACUAUAGAAGACAUAUACGUGUACAGCAUCGGUUGAAAAAGCUUGAUAAGGAUUCUAAAAAAAAUAGGGAUCUUUUAGGAGCAUAUUGGGAUAAGCUCUCUGUAGAAGAGGCAAAGGAAGUUGUGUCAUUCAAGAAUGUAAUGCUGGAGGAAGUUCGAGGCUCUUCAAUUUUAGAGGCUUUGAUAACUCUUAGAAAACAAGGAUUUUCUUCUCUUCCACAAUAUUAUCUGAGGGCUGGUUCUGCCCUUUUGGAUAUUGUUCAAUCCAGGCCGUCUAGUUUUCCCAUAUCUUCCCAAGAGUUGUUCAGUAUCCUAGAUGAUUCUAGUGAAAAAACAUUUUUGUGUGGAUCAGCAGUGUCAAUGCAAAGAUAUGUUUUCGAUGGAGAGGCUGGAAAGAUUGGUCUUGAACCCAAAAACCUCGUUGCUUGCACAAGUUUUUUGCUAGAGCAGAAAUUGGUGAAAGCCUGGCUUGCUGACAAGGAUGCUGAAGCAUUGAGAUGCCAGAAGCUGCUAGUGGAGGAGGAGGAAGCUGCUCAGAAAAGAAAAGCUGAGAUUUUAGAGAAGAAACGCCUGAAAAAGCUUAGACAGAAAGAACACAAGGCAAGGGAACGACUUGAAGAUGACUCAGAAAUCAAAGGGAACAUAAGCAGCACAGGGGAGGAUGUAUCGCCAACAAAAGCAUCUCUGGGUACAUUUGACUUUGAUGCACGUAAUCCAGAUAUAUUUGCGGAUCAUUCUCCUCCACCACAUGCAACUUCUGACUUCUUAGACACUAAUGAUGUUAUAGAAGGGGAUACACUGGCAGGGUAUGAUUGUGACACUGAUCAGUAUAUAGAGCGACAGACAUCAGGAGGAUAUAAUCGCCGUUGCACAAUAGCUGCCAGAUGGCAAGGAAUGCAAAAAGCACAGUGGGCUAGAGCCAAUGGUCAUGCAAGCCAGAAUUCUCAAAUGUGUAAGCUUGGAGUUGUUCAAAAACAUGGAACCAACCGUGAUCAAAGGGCAGCUUCUAUAGCUAAUGGGAGCAAGGUUUGGAGCCGGAAACCAAAACCAGAAACUAAUGGGGUGGUUUUAAAAGCCAAACUGCAGACAGAACCAGACAAAGGCAAGAAUCAUGAAGUUUUGAUAGGAUCCGUAUCUGUAAGUCUGGGUAAUUGCAGCCAUUCAGAUGGUGAUUUUGUGGCACCCCAGCGGGACUGCAUGGUAGAGAAUCUGGCCAAGCAGAAUACUGCUCAGGAGAAGAUAGUGAAACUCGAUUCCUCUCAGGGAGGUAACAGUCGGUUAACAGUUAAGCUUUGGAGGCCGGUUAGCCAGCAAGGAACUAAAGAUCCAUUGCCACUUCAAAAUGGUGGGACAGAAGCUGAUGUAAUUAAUGGAAAAUGUGAUCAAAAUUUGUCUGAUCAAAGUAGUAUAAGGUUGUGUAGUAUAGAUGGUAGUGAUAUUGGUUUUGGGAACUAUUUUUCCCAUACUGGGGCUAAAGUAAAUUCGGAAAGCUUACGUCUAUCCAGCCAUGCUGCAAAAGCUUUUCUUGCACAAAGAUGGAAAGAAGUUAUCUCAUCAAACCAUGUGCAAUUGGUUGUUACACCUGAUUUUGAACCUCUCGGAGGCCAGCAGGUACUGAAUCAUGAACUACCAGCAUCUCAAUCUUCUAAUGUGGACAGAUGUAGCAUUGUUGCAAAUACAGAGAACCGGUUGCCUGCAACCUCUGGAGUGGCUAAAUCCAAAUCGAAAACGAAGCCUGAGAAGGGAAUGAAGAUAAAGUACAUUCCCAAACAGAAAGCAGCAACGUAAUAUGAAGAAACAAAUUUGAAAUUGGGUUAUUUAAUUAUGAUGGCAGAUAUGCAUAGAUUGACUUCUCGCCAAUUAAUUUAUUAGCAGAGGUUCCAGUUUUAACGAUGGUCUUCUGUCAGAAAAUUGAAGGUAGGUUUUGCCGGAAAGUCUUUUUAUAUUCCGUCCUUUUCCUUCAAAUGAUGCAUAGGGGAUUGUGCAUUAAGUUUUUCUUUUCUUGUGGCAUUUUUACCAAUUUUUUGUGUAAUAAAUUUGUCUAGUUAUCUUUAUAAAAUGGCAUCCUCUUGUUUUUA